GUGAAGAAACCUUCUCAUGCAACAGAGUCCUUUACUUUGAACUCUCCAUCUCUGCCUCUAACUCACCACCAUCUCACUCAAUCUCACACUCACUCACGACUCGUUCUUGCCGAUUUUCAUUCCUUGAGGACUUACCCCGAAGAGAUUUUAAGUGAAAGAUUUUGGAGAGAGAAAUGUUAGGUGAAGAUGGAUUGCCGGGUCCUCUGCUUGCCCAAGAAGCCUCUGCCCUUGGCAGUCAUGGCAGCUCCUUCAUGUCUUCAAGUGAUCCUGCAGUCACGCCACUUGUCGUUUUUAGCACUCUCAUCGCUGUUAGCGGCUCUUUCGUUACUGGGUGUGCUUGCGGUUAUUCUUCACCAGCCGAGUCUGACAUAAUGGACGAUUUAGGCCUCUCCACAGCAGCGUAUUCGCUUUUCAGUUCACUAUUAACAGUUGGAAGCCUCAUAGCAGCUCUGGUAAAUGGAAGGGUAACAGAUUUGAUUGGGCGUAGACGAGUAAAUGAGCCUCUACCUCUCCCUUCCAUUCUUGAAAGCUCAAUGAAAAGCCCAACAGAUAUUAGGGAGGCUCAUAUCUUUUUGAUGCAGGCUAUGUGGCUUUCUCAAAUAUUUUGCACCGCCGGAUGGCUUUCUAUAGCAUAUGCCAAGAAUGCUUGGUGGCUGGAUAUUGGGAGACUGCUAAACGGGCUUGGCGUUGGGAUUAUAUGUUACGUGGUACCUGUGUACAUUGCAGAGAUAACACCAACAAGUGUUCGGGGAGCAUUCACAACACUCAAUCAGUUCAUGUUAUGCUGUGGCUUUUCGUUGAUCUACUUCCUUGGAACCAUUGUCUCCUGGCGCAUCUUGGCUCUGAUCAGUGUAAUUCCCUGUGUCAUACAAAUUGUGGGUUUGUUCUUUGUUCCAGAGUCUCCUAGAUGGCUGGUAAGACUCCACCAAGAGGAGUUUGAAGUCACAUUACAGAGACUUAGAGGCAAAAGUGUCAAUAUUACUCACGAAGCAGCCAAUAUCAGAGACUACACAGAGACUUUUGAACAGCAGUCCCAGUCUAGAAUUCUUGAUUUGUUCCAAAGACGAUAUGCUCGUCCACUUACGAUAGCAGUUGGGUUGAUGAUGCUUCAACAAUUCGGUGGGACUAAUGCAUUUGCCUUCUAUACAAGCUCCAUAUUUGAAUCAGCUGGCUUCUCAAGUACCUUUGGUACCAGAAGCAUAGCAAUUGUCCAGAUCCCAGCGACUGCCCUUAGUGUAAUCUUGAUUGAUAAAGCUGGAAGACGACCACUUCUGAUGAUUUCGUCGGCUGGAAUGUCCUUAAGUUGCAUUCUUCUAGGGUUGUCAUUCUUCAUUCAGGGCCUUAAUCAUUGGAAGGCAGUGACCCCUAUUUUGGCGUAUGUAGCAAUAACUGCGUAUUCCAUAGCUUACUCACUUGGCAUGGGGGGGUUACCAUGGGUUAUCAUGUCUGAGAUUUUCCCUGUAAACAUUAAAGGGUCAGCCGGGAGCCUGGUGACAUUUGCGAAUGGGUCCUGUUCCUGGAUUGUCACUUACACUUUCAACUUCAUGUUCGAAUGGAGCGCACCUGGGACAUUUUUCAUAUUCGCGUGCAUAUGCGGUCUCACAGUCUUAUUCACCCUGAAGGUAGUCCCGGAGACGAAGGGGCGAGCGUUGGAAGAACUGCAAGCAUCACUUACCCAUUUUCUUUGAUGGUUAUUAGCCGCAGGUUCCUAAAAUCUGAAAUAGUAUAAGCCGAACAACAAGCAGCACUGAUAGGAAGGCUGAAAGGAGGCUAAUUGUUGCAAAGUAUUAAUGCAAUGUGAAACGGGGAGGAAAGAAAAAGGAGAAAUUCCAUGGUAAUACAUUCCAUUAACGACGGUAGAUUUCACAGACGGAACUGGAUAUCAAUAAUUUCAAGUUUAAGCACCUAAAUUUGCUUAACUGCAUACUGAUGGUAAAACAGAAAUUUGGUAGCCACCAGUACAAGUCAAAUGAAAGUGGUAAUUUUCUGAUCAACUAGACAUUACUAAAUUCAAUUUUGUCUGUAACUUACUUGUACAAUACUAGAUAAACAGGUCACCAGUCACCUCAUUUUACUACUGCAGUUAUAAAUUACACUAAAGUACAUGUUCGUUACUGAACAUGGACAAUCAGUCUGAAA